AUGGCAACCGUCGAGCGCAUCACUCUGUUCAACAUCCCCAAGGAGGAGCAUCGCGCUCAAUUGGUUGAAGAGUACAAGCGGCUCGUCAAAACUGCCGUCAAGGAUGGCAAUCCAUAUAUAACCAACGUCUCCUUUGGUCCCGCACUCCCCGAUCCCCGGAAUCGGGGAUACAAUUUCGGCGUCAAGAUGACGUUUGCGACGCUGGAGGAUUUGAAGUUUUAUGAUGCCGAGUGUCCGGCACAUCAGACGUUCAAGGCGUUCUUGAGCGGGAGGAAGGAGGGGGAUGUUUUGACGGUUUAUUUUGAGAAUGCAGCGUGA